AUCCUCGCCAAGGAGACGUGCGACUACUUCGAGAAACUUUCCCUGUGCUCCGGCUGCCCCGCGCUGCUCGUGCGGCCCAAACCGCUGCUCUCCUGCGCCGGAUCCCCUCCUCUGAGGGCCUAUCCGCUCAUCUCCGUCAUCACCAGGCAGCCCUCCGUGGUCCCUCACCUCGUCCCCGCGGCCACCAGCUCCCGGGCGCUGCCUGCCCCAGCCUCCUCGGAGCCCCCGGCCGCCGAGACCCACGGCAGCAGCGAGUCGGAGGCCGAGCAGCCCACGCCGCGCUUGAAAAAGCCCCGCCGGAGCAGGACCAUCUUCACGGAGCUCCAGCUCAUGGGCUUAGAGAAGAAAUUCCAGAAGCAGAAGUAUCUCUCCACCCCGGACAGGCUGGACUUAGCCCAGUCAUUGGGGCUCACGCAGCUCCAGGUGAAGACAUGGUACCAGAACCGUAGGAUGAAGUGGAAGAAAAUGGUGCUGAAAGGUGGGCAGGAAGCUCCCACAAAGCCCAAAGGCCGUCCAAAGAAAAACUCCAUUCCCACCUCGGAGGAAAUCGAAGCAGAAGAGAAAAUGAACAGCCAGGCUCAAAGUCAGGAGCUGGAGGGAUCUCAAGCACCCGAGGAGCCUACAUCAACAGAGGAGAAGCCAGGAGCCUCUUUGGAGGUAGAGAAGACUCCAGAUCAUAUACCAGAGACCCCCUCAGAGGAGACGACACCAUUAAGUUAAAAGGGGAAGAAAAGGGGGGAAA